CGACAAAAUUAGGGCUUUUCACGGUCGUCGUGUCUUCGGGCUCAGCGAGCGAGCGAGCGAGCGACCGGAGGGCAAAGCGUCUGAUCGACCAAAUUCUGCGAUUGCUCGGUCCUGUAGAUUCUUUUGCCUGCAAGGAGACAGGUGCUCCGAUCGACCCACCCAGCCGGAUUCUCCGUCGUCAGCUGCCUAACGGGCGAUAACCCAGAAAGGUGGAUGUUUUAUGGUCUAUUUCUAUGGAUUUAAAUGCGUCGCCGUUGCCUGAAGAAGAUGAGCAACCUUUUGAGGAACAUUUUGAGGGUGAAAUCAUACAUGAAGAAAUCGUGGAGUCUGCCGUUGCCACAAUGCGUCGGGAGCGUGAAGAAAGACGCCAGAAGUUGAAAAGAGAAAACCGAGAGGAUGGACUGAAUCGAUAUUCCCAAUCAGUGAGAAAUGAUUAUGUCACUCAGAGUAGAAACACCAGACGCUACGGAAGAGUGAAGGAGCCCCCUCAAGGUUGGUUGGACUGCCCUUCAUAUGGCCAGUGCAUAGGUAACAUCAUUCCUUCUAAAGUUCCUCUGGAUGAGACGUAUAAUGACUCUGUGCUACCUGGCAAAAGAUAUUCUUCUAAACAAGUGAUCAAUAAACAAAGAAGACAAGGACGAGAACUUGGCUUGGUCAUUGAUUUGACAAAUACAAAUCGUUACUACUCACCAUUAGAAUGGACGAAGCUAGGUAUUAAGUAUGUCAAGAUUGCAUGCAAGGGGCGAGAUUCUGUACCAGAUAAUGAGUCUGUGAAUUUGUUUGUUCAUGAGGUUUUACAGUUCCUAUCCCGUCAAAGGCACUCAAAAAAGUAUAUUCUUGUUCAUUGCACUCAUGGACACAACCGUACAGGAUUUAUGAUCAUCCAUUACCUCAUGCGGACACAGCCAAUGCAUGUCGCUGAAGCAUUGCAAAUUUUUUCUCAAGCACGUCCCCCAGGAAUAUAUAAGCAGGAUUACAUCGAAGCACUUUAUAUGUUUUAUCACGAGAGUCCUGAGAACAUUGUUUGCCCUUCCACUCCAGAAUGGAAAAGAUCUUCUGAUCUUGAUCUAAAUGGUGAAGCUGCACAAGAUGAUGAUGAUGAUGAUGAGGGUGAUACUGCAGCUCGGUUGCCUGUGCAAGUUUCACUAAGUGAGCAUACUGACAGCAAGAUUUUGACAAAUGAUGAUAUUCUGGGUGAUGCAAUACCAAUUGACCAGCAAGAUGCCAUGCGUCAUCUCUGUUAUCAAAUGCUUGAUUUAACAGCUACAGGAAGAGGAAGUGCACAAUUUCCUGGUUCGCAUCCUGUUUCUCUCAACAGGGAUAAUCUGCAACUACUAAGACAACGGUAUUACUAUGCUACAUGGAAAGCUGAUGGAACCCGGUAUAUGAUGUUUAUUACCAAUACUGGCUGUUACUUAAUUGAUCGAAACUUUUGCUUUCGGAGGGUUCAAAUGCGGUUUCCUCUGAAAAACCCUGCUGAGGGUUUCCAUAGCGGGACAUUGAUUGAUGGCGAAAUGAUUAUUGACAAAAUCCCAGAUGCAGGGCUGAAGAGAAGAUAUUUAGCAUAUGAUUUGGUUGCAUUAAAUCAUCACUCUGUUAUAAAGUUGCCCUUUUCUGAAAGGUGGAAACUGCUUGAGGAAGAAGUAGUUCGACCACGGAACAAUGAAAGAAAACAAUUUGAAUUUGAGAGCAAAGGGCACCCUGUUUAUAGAUAUGACAUGGAGCCAUUUUCAGUUCGCAGGAAGGACUUUUGGUUUUUAUCAACUGUUGCUAAACUCUUAAAGGAAUUUAUUCCAAGGCUUUCACAUGAAGCUGAUGGCCUUAUAUUUCAGGGAUGGGAUGAUCCAUAUAUACCACGUACACAUGAGGGUCUCCUAAAAUGGAAAUAUCCAUCAAUGAACUCAGUUGACUUUCUAUUUGAGAUUGGCAGUGAGAACCGCCAGUUGCUUUUCCUUUUUGAGAGAGGAAAAAAGAAACUCAUGGAUGGGGCACGUGUUUCGUUUGCAGGCGAAGAGGACAUCGCAAGCCUUUCAGGAAAGAUCGUCGAAUGCUCCUGGGAUGCACAAGAAGGCUGCUGGUCAUGCAUGCGCAUAAGAACAGAUAAAGCUACACCAAAUGAUAUCAACACUUACAGAAAGGUGAUGCGCAGCAUUAAUGAUAACAUUACAGAAGAAGUUCUCUUGAAUGAAAUUUCCGAAAUUGUGCACCUCCCAAUGUAUGCAGAUAGGAUCGCACGGGCACAGCAGCUUCAGCACAGGCAAAGGUGAAACCGGUUUCUGUACCUUAGCAGCUACCCUCGAGGAUUGGAGACAUUAAUCAGAAAAAAUUACCCAAUUCUCAUCAUUGGCUUGCUGUUCACUGGCUUGUGUAAUUAGUAGUGGGCAGUUUGGUUAUUGCUGACAGCUCAAGUGCUAUACCAGCCCCCAUUGUAUAUAUACUUACUGUCUUCGUGUAAAGUAAUCAUUUUUCUUAUGCUUUCUUUUUUUUUUUGUAUUUUCAUUGCCAGUUGAGGAAAUUUAGAAGUUAAAAGGAGAUGAGGUAUCUAGUAAUGGCGGACCCUUUUAUGUUUAAUUACUACCCAGAUAUAUUCAAAUAAACAACAGUGAAGGAUUGCAGAGGUCUCUUAUA